UUGCGUUUGACUCAUUGAUCACGAUGACAUUGGUGAAGACAGUAUGUGAAUACAGUUUUGCAAUACCAGUUGGAAGUAUAUCGUUACACUCGGUAUCCAAGUUGUUUGUCAAGCUGCAUACAUAACGAAUAUAAGCUCGUUCUCUAAUCUGACUGAGCAACUGUACAACAAAUAUCGAAAUUCAGCAAGAUGGCUUGCUUUGAUCAGUUAUUAUUAACUACACCUCUACCUAUGCAAAUGUUUCUAAUGUUACUGGGGACUAUGAUUGUUAUUUACCGCCCGGACAUAGUAGACGUGGAAGAUAGUGUUCAGUCGACGAAAGACUUAUCAUCUGAAUACGAUUUUGUGAUAAUUGGCAGUGGAUCUGCCGGUUCUGUGCUAGCCAACCGAUUGUCGGAAAAUUAUACUGUACUCUUGCUCGAAGCCGGAGGCAACGAAGAGUAUUUAUCCGACAUACCAUAUAAUGUCGGAAUUUUGAUGAAUACACCCUACGAUUGGAAUUAUACAACGGUACCAUCGCCUAAUUACUGCUUGUCCAUGAAUGGCCAUACGUGCUAUUGGUCACGUGGAAAGGUGCUGGGUGGUACCAGCGUCUUAAAUGGAAUGCUUUACGUACGCGGUAACAAAAAGGACUAUGAUUCUUGGGCAAAUCUUGGCAAUGAGGGAUGGGAUUACGACAAUGUUUUGCCGUAUUUCAAAAUAUCCGAAGAAUUUGAUUUGAACAUAGGAAUAUGGGCGGAUGACAGUGAUGAGGAUGAAUUAUCUGCCAGACCAUCUUUCAAGACUUUUAACAAGGGCCCUAAAAAUUAUACAGCACCAGUUAAUUUUGUUGCUGGUGGUAUUCAACAAGCAGGAAAACCAAAAGAUAAGGAAGAUAAUGAAAAUGAAGAAGAUGAAGAAGAGACACGAGAUUCUCAAACAAAACAUGAUUCUAGCUCAGAAGAUGAAAGGCCAAGUAAUUCGAAAUCACGUCCAUCUUUCUCUUUGAAUUUAGACGGCGAUAUUGCAGGUCUGCGUAAAAAACAUAAUAAAGUAAAUUCGUUAAUGAAAGAUGGAAUGGGUAGUUGGGAAGUACAUACAAGGGGUAUUGGUGCUAAAUUGUUAUUACAGAUGGGAUUUGAACCUGGUAAAGGUUUGGGUAAACAAUUACAAGGAAUAAGCCCCGUAGAAGCACAUCUUAGAAGAGGAAGAGGUGCGAUUGGUGCGUAUGGUCCAGAAAAGGUACCAAAAAUUCCAGAAAAAAAGAAAGAUGACGAUGAAGAAGAAUCGAAAGAAUCCAAAUCCAAAGUAUCUCAAUGGCGAAAGAGUGAUAACAGCAAUAAAAAGAAAGUUAGAUACUGUUAUAGAAGUGUAGAUCAAGUUUUGGAAGAUGGAAAGUUGAAACCCAAUAGAAAGUUUCCAAUAUCUAGUGAUAUUAGCAGAGUUAAAGUUAUUGAUAUGACAGGGCCAGAACAGAGAAUUCUUAGUGGAUAUCAUGCGAUAGCUGGUGGUCAACAAUGUCCUGACGAGACUGUGACUACGUCUGAUAAAAAAUCUAAGGUGAAUUUUGCUUUACCAGAACUACAGCAUAAUUUAAAUUUACUCGUGGAUAUGUGCGAGCAAGAUAUUAUACAAAAUGACCGACGAAUGAGACAUUUAAAUGACAGAGUGGUUGCUUUAGAAGCGGAAAAAAAGACUUUAUCGAAAGUUGUGGAUCAACACAGCCAACUAAUUGAUACUUUAGAGAAUGUGCUUGUGAUUGUGGACAGAUUAAUGAACGAAACGAAUGAAUUGUCUCUCCAAGAAACCGCGGAAGCUUUUAAAAAUUUGCAAGACAAUUAUUAUGAGGAGUACAAAAUGUACGAACUCGGUGAAUUGGCCAGUAGUUUUGUAACGCCAAAAAUAAAAGAUUGCUUGCUAAGUUGGAAUCCAUUAAUGCAACCGAAACAACCGAUCAAAUUAUUUGAACAGUGGAAGUCUAUUUUGGAAAACGGAACUAGCACUACACUGCAAACACGGACUAUGCAUCCUUAUGAUCAAUUAGUAUGGAACGCAUGGAUGCCAUCAAUUAGAGGAGCUAUACAGCAAUGGACGUGUAGACAGCCUGAUCCUUUGAUUGAAUUAAUAGAACAUUGGAUGCCAUUAUUACCCAGUUGGAUCUUGGAAAAUAUAUUAGAUUUAUUAGUUUUGCCAAAAUUGACAUUAGAAGUGGAGGAAUGGAAUCCUCUCACGGACACUGUACCCAUCCAUACAUGGAUUCAUCCUUGGUUGCCAUUAUUACGAAAUCGUUUGGAUACUUUAAUUUAUCCAAUAAUACGAAGAAAGCUUGGAUCUGCAUUAGGAGGUUGGCAUCCAUCGGAUAGAUCUGCUAGAUUAAUGCUGCAACCUUGGGCAGAAGUGUUUGCCAAGGGAGAUAUGGAAGCGUUUUUAGUCAAAAAUAUUAUACCAAAAUUGCAAAUAGCCUUAUCCGAAUUUGUCAUAAACCCACAUCAACAACAUAUAGAUCCAUGGAAUUGGGUGUACGAGUGGAAGGAAUUGAUUCCUGUUCAUAUUAUGGCAGGACUGUUAGACAAGUUCUUUUUCCCAAAAUGGUUACAAGUUUUGGCACUUUGGCUCAAUCAUUCGCCGAAUUAUGAUCAAGUUACAAACUGGUAUAUGGGUUGGAAAGGCAUGUUGAGUGAUAAGUUAUUGGCGGAACCAGUGAUAAAAGAGCAUUUCAAGAAAGCAUUGGACAUGAUGAAUAGGGCCGUCAGCGGGCCACAAAAUCAACCUGGCGCGAUGGAACACGUUUCAUAUUUAACGAAUCUAGAGAGAACUCAACCAACAAUGUCACAAAUGGCAUCGAUCGCACAGCCGAGGAUGGAGAGGCUCGCAGAGGCAGUACGAACAGCUUCACAAAUUCCACAAGGUUUCAAGGAUCUUGUGCAAAAGAAAUGCGAAGAGAGAGGUAUAUUAUUUAUGCCAAUUCCGAAUAGAUAUAAAGAGGCCAAGCAAGUAUACAAAGUGGGCAACGUUCAAGCGUAUAUCGAUGGCAAUGUAUUGUUUGUGUGUCAUAAUGGUACAAAUUGGAUGCCGACACAUUUAAAUGCCUUGCUAGAUAUGUCUGAACUUUAAAAUAAUAAAUUUGAUUUAAGAUAACAUAAUGUGACGAAUAUCCAAUGUAUAAUUAUCAUUAUAUUUAUAUUGUAAAUACAGAGAAAUUGUGAGAUAUAUCAGAGA